UCAGAUAGAAAAACCUCAGACAACUAAUAAUAACAUACAUUUCUUCUAAUCAAACUUCACUUCAUAAUGCAGUCGUUUUUUUUCAUGAAAAGGGUUGUAUCCUGAAGAGUUUAAAUCAAUCCAGUGAUUAGAUCGGGGUUACAUGGAUUUUGUGUGGCUGACCUGACACACUGAAGUAUCAAAACAUUUUAGUUUUUGAUUGGUGCUUUUCUUCCCCAGCAAGAUUGCCAUGACCUCCAUCCGGAACCUGCUGCAGCGGGAGAUUUUCACCCCUAAAGAGGAGAGGCUGCUGGGGAUUGUUCAUGUCUGGAAGGGGGGCAAGAAAAAGAAAAACUCAAUUCUCUGUGCAGCAGUUACUUCUGAGUGCCCUGUGCAGAUCUCCCUAGUGAAAGUGAAGUCAGACCGCGGGCAAUAUAAGCCGUCUACAUGCUGGGCAAUGGAGGACCUGACUCUGGUAGAUGGGAAGGAUGCAGUCAAGGAUAAGGCUGAGUUUGAUUUCCACCUGGACAAGGUUUAUAAGUGGGUAGCCAGUAGCCCUUCAGAGAAGAUUGCAUUUAUGACCUGCAUGUGGAAACUCAACCAGCGAUACCUGCAGAACAAAGUGAAGUUCGUCAACAUCAGCCCUGACAUCCUGCAAGAGAUCCAGGUUCAGGAGGCCGAAGUGGGGACAGGUGAGCCCGCGGGAGAAGGGUACCAGCAGCUGACGGCCAAGGAGGCAGCAGACAUUGAGCUGCUAAUGGAGCGGAGUGACCUGGCUGUGUCUAACGCUCAGGCCUUUGCAGAGACACUCAGCGCUGACCUACAGGUGCUUGACCAGGCUAACAUCAUGGCGAUCAUGGAGUCAGAGAAGCAGGUUAGCCAGCUGGUCCAGCUGAUUGAUGAGGGCCUGGUGGAGGUGCUGUGUCUGGAGAAUACUCUCCAUGUUCAUGAUGAGCUGCUGUGCAGCGUCAAAGAACAGAUGGACAGCAUCCACAAAAGCAACUACUGGCUGCAGGUCAUCGACAACAACCAGAAGAAGCUGCAGCGAGAGGUCACCUACUUAGUGGAUAGUCUGACCCUGAGUGAUGAACAUGUCUGGUCUUUGAAUUAUGGAAGCCUUGACACCACUGAACAUAUAGAGGCUUGCAGCAUUGCUGCACAGGCUUUAUCCAGAUGUGCAAACACUAGCCUGGCACCAGAGCACCGCAAGCUCCAAGGUGUGGCUGAACAGUUAAUACAGUUUGAGAGCCUGCGACAGAACUUUGAAAAACGCUUUGUCAGUCACCUCAACAAAAUCAUUGUUUUGCAGGGGAUGGACCAAGGUGCUGCUUCACAUGAAGACGGUGCUGAUUUGGUUUUGCCCCAGCACACAGCUUUCCACCAGCAGCUGCUGCCCUAUGUGUCACUCAUGGGCUGGCUCAGGAACUCCAACCCUGUCAUCUUCAAUGAGCUGUACAAGGUGUAUGCUGAUAACCUAGGCAAACUUUAUGAAAAGCAAAUGAAGGAUGUGUUUGACCUGGCUAGGUUCAAAGUGUGUGGAUUUAAGGAGAGUAAACGAUUUGGUUUCCAGGAUAGUCUUGACAGAGCGACUCCGUCAAGAUCUAGCCUGCCCCGGCCUCGACUGAGCUUCUCCACCACUGACCGGCCAGAAGUGGACAUGCCUCGCAGGGUGGUGAUGGAUAAGGUGCUGGAGUUGGUAUUGACAGAGCUAGAACCCAUUUGCAUUGCAGAGCAGGAGUUUCUCACUUCCUUCUUUUGGUUGGAGGAAAAAGAAAACAAGCGAAACCUGUUUGCUGAGACAACUUUCAAUAAAAGAUGUUCAGAAGCACCAGGAUCCGAUGAGUCUGUGUAUGAUGAGCUGGAGGAGGUGUCAGACCCCUGGGUUAGUGGGGUGCUUGGCAGCGUGGAGAUGGAGCUGCUGAGUUUGGUGAGCCUGUGUGACAAGGUGGACCUGUUCAGCUGCCUGUAUGUGCUGAUGAGAACUAGCCAGCAUCUAUUAAUCAAUCAAAACACUCCCUACGCCUCCUUUCUCAUCAAAGUCCUCAACCACACCCUGCUGCUGGGCAAGCGCAACUUUCAGCAGUGCAUUGAAGUUCUAGAUCAAGAGAUUGAGAAUGCCAAGCUUCCUAAGAAAGUGAAGAUCGGCAUAUUGCCAUUUGUGACUCGGCUAGAGGAUUUUGUCACUCUGGCAGAAAACGUAUUUCAAAAUACUGAGGGACGUGGAGAUCUGGACAAGGCCUACAACAAACUUUUUUAUGCAGCUUUUAGCAGCAUUGAAAACAUGGCUCUCCAGGCCCUAAAGAUGCCUCUCAAUGUGGUGAUGAUGGUAAACUUUCACCACAUUUACACAUUCCUGCUUGAAAUGAAGGUACCCAGCCUGGAGACCAUGAGGAAGGAGGCAAAAGAGAAGUACAGUCAAUACCUGGAGCUCUUUGUCACCACUUAUCUGGGGCUGCCCCUGGAGAAACUCAAUGAGUUCUUUGAUGGGGUGAAGGCCCGUGUGGCUCAUGGGAUAAAAGAGGAGGAAGUACAUUUCCAGCUGGCCUACAGCAAGCAGGAGCUGAGGAAGGUGAUAGAGAAAUACCCAGGAAGGGAGGUGCGCAAGGCACUGGAGAUGCUGUACAAGAAGAUCAACAGGCAGCUCUCAGAGGAGAACCUGCUGCAGCAGGUGGUGUGGAGAGCAAUGCAGGAGGAUUUCAUUCGUCAGUACCAUGUGAUUGAGGAGCUGAUUGAGCGCUGCUACCCAGGGUCUGGAAUAUCCUUGGAGUUCACUGUGGAGGACCUGCUGCAGUACUUCUCUGCAGUCACCUGCAGCAACCCACGAUAGACAAGGAGAGUGAAGAGCAUGACGGGCCAAUAUUACAAUCAAGGACUUGGCUUGAGUACAUACACAUGCAACGUGUCUCUCUGACUAAAAUUCAAGUUACAGUAAAUAUUCUAAUAUAGAAUUCUAAAAAGGUAUCUCAUAUCAGUCCAAAUGUUUCAGCUGUACUGUGUAAAUAAUUGCUGUAGAAUGCACAGGACAUUUAACUGUUUUAUAUCUUUGUAGUUGCUACAGGGAAUUCAGUAUCAAUAUCAGUUUGGUGCAACUUGUCAUGUUAUAUGUAGUUUUUUUUUUUUAAAGGCCACAUGUUAUGAUGGCUUUGUGAUUCUGUGUUUUUAUAUGUUAAGUGGUAUGGUAUAUUGUAUAUAACAAAAGUUUUAUAAUUGGUCUUUGACCACUUUGUAAGCAAGGUUCUAUGCUAAAUGUAUUUUUAUUGCAGUUCAAUUGUUUGAAUUGUGUUUUUACAUACACUGUUAGAAUUGUGUUAAUUUCUUAAUGUUUUUGGCUUAUAUAAUUUGUCUACAUAGUCUCCCGCUCACUGAAAGCAAUCUUGGGGUUAGAAUGGAAAGCUGAUAAACCUUCCACAUUCUUUUAGAGAGGUCCCUCAAGGACAGGACCUAGUGCAGGAUGUUUGUUGAAAAAAAUAUUGAAAAUAUUAACACAGCAUUGGUUUACAGUAAUCCAUGAAACUGCUGUUUUUCUGUGUGAUUGGAAUAUAUGUCUUUUUCUUGUAACAUUUUGUUGUUGACUUCUUUAACAAUUGUCUUGGAAAGCUUAAUGAAUCUAAAUAUUGAUUUUAUAAUUUAAAAAAAAGAACUAACAGGUGUUGCAUCUCCACCUGUCUUUGCCGGUAAAACAUUUCCAACAAAAUACUGUAAAUCUCGCCAGUGAGGAAAGGAAUUUCUUGGUUUGACCAUUAGAUGGAGGCUUUGUUCUUUUACAUUUGAAUGGUUUGUUUCAUUAGGUAAUAUAAUGUCCACAAACUAUCUGCAUACCAUAUCUAGGCAGUUAAUUUUCCAAUACACCUCAGGUAUGUCUUGUAACCCAAGCUUUAAUUGUGAGGGUUCCAUGGACACUCCAGAGUUCAGUAAAGAUACAGGGCUGGAAAAUCCUCUGAGGAUAUGAUCACGCAUUUAGUCCUUCAGCCAAUAGGUGUCAGUUUAGAUUCAGCCAGAUUAUUAGCAAACAUCUAUGACAUGAUUGACUCACACGGAACAUUUUAAAGGGUGCUGGGCACCAAAUCUAUUAUUUUAUGCUUACUCCCUGGUGCAUAUGUCCUGACUGAUUUCUGGAAGAAAGAUUUAUUAAACAUUAAUUAUUUAAUCGAAAAUAGAUGUAUAGUACUAGUAAACGUUAUACAGGAUUUACUUAUACAGUCAGCACUCAGAUUUCCAUUACUCAGAUACAUGGCAGUCAGGGGGAAACUAAGGAAGGAUAAAGGAGGAACUGAGAUCUCCCUGGCUUACUGAGACAUCUGAUUGAGAGAGGUCAGACUUGACUGACCAUCCGAGGCCACAUGGAGAGCCUCGCGAUCUAUAUAGGGAGAACAAAGGCGCUGGAAAUGAGAAUAAAGAAACAAACACAUAAAGAGGGCCAGGGGUCCGAAGGGGGAGACUGGCACAGGUGCAAAUGAAUUGAUUUAAGCAAGAGAAUGGAAAACGAAAUGUAAUUAGAAAAGUUUUGACCAGGUGUCUCGUCUGACCAGGGGGAACCUUCUUCUCGGAGGGCGAGAUAAUGUUGUUGGACUCUAUGGUUGGGAAGUGAGCUUCACCUGUCCACAAAAGUGGACCCCUGGCUCCCCACAACUGCCCCACCAAUGCAGAGAGAAAAUGGUGUCAUAAAUGUUAGUGAUUAAUUACACAAGUUUUUUUUGUUGUUGUUUUGUUUGUUUACUAAUCUAACUGCUGUGCAGAGAGGAAAAGCCCUGUUUUUGUGGGAGGAAACUUCUGGUGGUCCUGGCAGAAAUAUGACCCCCACCCCAGGCAUGCUAGCAAUACUUUGUUGAGCAGAAAUAAUAUCAAGGAGAGAAGCAAGAAUGUAAGAUUCCACUGCAGAGGAAGACCAACGCCCCAUUUUUUUAAAUUAAGGACUGAUUUUAACUUUGGCUGCUGAUGUUACUUAGCCUAUAUGGAAUGAAUGGGGGAUACAAUUGGAAACAAAGAGAAGCUUUAGAAAUGAGUGAGGAAAGAUGAGUAGAAAACCAGUUUAUUGUUGUCAUGGAAUUGUUGAUAAAGAGGAUCGGUUAGGUUAGAGGGGUUACAACAGGAAAGAUAGUGGAAUAAGGGCAAAGAGGAGAGUUGAGUUUGCACAGCUGAACAAAUUGGUCCUGAUCUGUUUUAGAAAUGUGAAUAAAAGGGGGAUAUUGAGAGUCAGGAAUGAAGCAACCGGGAUGGAAAACUUGAGGGGGAGGGGACAGCAAACUCAGAGCGGCAAAGAAAACGGAACAAUGCAAAAAAAAAAGUCAAAAGGAGAAAAUCAACCUUGGCGCAGAUUUGAGAUGAGGCAAUAAAAUAUCUGAGGAGGAAGUUUUUGCCAUUGUCUUGAAUAGAAGACAAACAGCAGGGAUAGAUGAGAGGAGGACAGGAAAUGGAUGAUAGGCGAUAAUAGUAUUGAAUUCCAGCUAGACAAGUUUUGAUUGCUCCCAGGGAGAGAUGCAGCUUGUCUUUUGCAUGAAAUUCUGGUUGAAGGGAGAAGGGUAGAUGUGAUGUUGCUUGCAGAAGGUUGUUGCUGCUGCUGUUGCCACUGAAGAGGA